AUGCCACCUGUUUUUUCGCUUUUCUCGCAGUGUAAACGGAUUCGCAACGGGAGACGCGUGCGAAUCGUCAUUUGGUUUCCGGCUGCGAAUCCAACUCCGGAGGAAAUAAAAAGAAUAACGCUAAAACGAGCGUAAACGACUUUUUGCGCCAAGAAAAAUGUAGAAGAGUUGAGCGUUAGCAUAUUCACGCAUCCGCGGAACACACAUUUACACGCGAUGGAAAUUCGACGACGAGGAAGUAAUCUAUGAAUCUGCAGGAAAAGAAAGCAAAAAAGCAAAAAAAAAAAAUAAAUUAAUUAAAUAAAUAAGAAUUAAUUAUAACGAAACUUCAGGUACAUGAAGUAACAAAAAAAAUAUAUACAAAAAAAAAAAACAUGUCGAGAGAACAAGGAUACGGUCAACUCGAAAACUUUAGUUGCAAAAUACUGAUAGGAGUACACGGGGUGUCUUACGGAACACCUUUAUCAUUGUCUGAUUUGAUGAUAUUUUGUAAGUCUGGACCAGUUGUUAGGUUCUUAUUACUCCCAUAGCGACUUCUUAUGGCGUAUUUUCUCUGUAUAUUGUCAAUGUUUAUUAUUAAAUAUUUUUCAAAUAAAACUCACCGUCUUCCAUUCUGUUACAUCCGCCCUUGACAUUAACCCUGUUGCGCUCUUUGCACCGAUUUUAUCUCUCUAUCGUUAAAAAAUUUCUCAACUAUGAAGAUAAGAUGGAAGAUAAAAUAGUCAUUGGCAUGUUUCAUUUCACGUUCCACAAUUUUAUGCAUAGAACUCGUCUCUUUUUAUUUGUACAAACAAAAUAUCGAGAUCAGGCUGUGAAAAUUUCAGGUACGCGUCAGGGUUAACUCACUAUACCUUAGCUAUUUAUAGAGCAGAAAAAAUUCGAUACCUGUAAACUACAGUGUAAACGUUCUAUCUUACUCAAAACAAGAAAAAAAAACAGAAUUUUCCGUAAGAAUUUAUCUUCGAUUAAGCGAACAGAAACACGAAAGAUAACGAAUUACUGUUUCCAAAAUACUCUUAGAAUCUUGUGUUCGUUGGUGUCUCGUUGUCGUUAAAUUCUCACGGUUCCGACAUCGCGACGUGUCUCGAUAUGAGAACAGAGUUAGAGGGCCAAGAAGCCAAGUCCGAAAGAAUCCGCUUUUCUAGGACGUGCUUACGUUUCCGGUGAAAGACGAGUUCGCCUGCGGGGCCGAGAUCUUUUUUUCGUCAGUGACUCAUCGCGCACAUGGAAUUACCAUUCGCUCUGUGUGUUCAGCGUUCGCCUCUCUGAUCUGUCAGUAAGCCGCGGACCGUCAACCAGAAAGCACGCGUGCUUCUCUGCAGAAACGAUCAACGCGCACGUGCGUGACCAGGAAUACCGAUUCGAGGCCGACAAGUGGUUCCUGGCCCUUUAGAAUUCGAGCAUUCGAUGAAUACUCGCGCUGAGAGCGAAGGCGAAUAUCAAGAACGAUGUGUCCAGAUGUCACACGCAAAUACCGUUUCCUAAAGCACCAUUAAAAUGGACUUUUGCAAGAGUUACAAAUUUCUACAAAUCCUACCAAAACCCGUGAGACGCGUCGAAUGGUCCUGGCGAACGGAAAAUGGUACGCGCGUCCGUUUCAUCGAGGAUGAUUCCAACGAGGAUGAUUCCAUCGAGAAUUGUCUCAUGGAGCUCGUCAAUAUCUGCGUUCCAGCCAUCGCGGUCAUCCUUGCGCUGAUCACCUUUCUCAGAUGUAAACACAGGAAACAGCCAAAAGAUUGCAGAGGACUCCUACCAUUUCAUACAACUAGAACACUGUUGUGCAUGACAGUGUUGGCGGUGCUUUUUGUCGAACUUUGCGAGUCGUUGCUCACGUCGAUUUCUUUCUCGUUGAUUCUGAUGAUCGUAGCCAUCCUCUACUGUUGGAUCAUUCAUCGCAGGACCGAGGUUAGAGAUGCUUGUGGUACUGCCCUCUCUGCUGGAAUCUUCGUCGCGAUUAGCUUAUCGCGAGCAUGGAAAUUUAUGUGUCUGUCUAGAUAUGGUCUGUCCAUGAUACACGUUCGACUCGCAACCACAACGUUCACGGCCAUUACCUGUGGGCUCUUAGCCGUUUUGGACUCUUACACGUUCUAUCUUAUGACAAGAAGGAAGAAAAGGUAUUUGAUCGAGCGAGGAGAACGACGAAGAACAGCGUACAAACACGCGGACGUGCCGUUUCUCAAUAGAAUCACCUUCCAUUGGGUGAUCGACCUGCUGUGCAAGGGAUACAGUACGCCGUUGGAGAACCACGACCUUGGAGAACUUCCCGAGGAGGAGACUACUAGGAGACAGUUUGACAAGUUUCGUGAAGUUUACGAGAAACAUAGGGAGAGAAACGAGAAACUACGUCUUUGGCGAUGUUACUGGAAAAGAAUAUGGUACCCGUUUGCCAUUGGGGGAUUAUUUAAAAUACUGGGGGACGCUACAAGCCUUGUUGGACCGAUGUCUAUUUCUAAAAUUCUGAACUACGUCUCUGCUUCUCAAAAUGGGACAAUAAAUCGAAACUCUAUGAGUGCCAUGACAUUUCCUGAAAUCUUGCAAAAUGGCUAUUUUUUGUGCCUGUUGGUGUUUUUCUUUUCUUUAUUACAAAGCACUCUAAGCCAGGCCUCCACUCAUAUCCUUUGCGUUGAAGGGAUCCGCCUGAAGAACGCACUUCAGACGCUGCUAUACGAUAAAGCCUUGCGUUUAUGCUCUUGGAGUAUCGACGAAGAGGAUAAUCCGACAGACAAGGAGAAAGAACAGAAUAAAUGUCAGCAAUCUGCUGAUAUUGGAACCUUAACUAACCUAAUAUCUGAGGAUGCUUACAAUGUGAUGAGCUUUUUCUGGAUUGGACACUAUACCUGGGCAAUUCCAUUAAAAAUCAGCGCCAUAGUUUUUCUUCUUUACACAAAAUUGGGAAUAAGUGCAAUUAUCGGUGCAUUCUGCUGCAUAUUGAUAGUAACGCCACUGCAAUUGGUGCUUGGCAAGAAAAUGUCGGAAAAUUCUAAAUUUGUCGCCAAAAGCAGCGACGCUAGAUUACGUCUGGUUAACGAAAUCUUCCAAGGAAUAAGAUUAGUGAAGCUUAGAGCCUGGGAAAAUAUUUUCGAGGAGAAAAUAAGAAAAACGAGAAACGAUGAGCUAAAAAUGCUGGAUAAGGAUUCUUUCUAUUGGACCCUUAUAAACUUUCUCACGCAUGCUUCAUCGGUACUGACGACACUUUUCACUUUUGCCGCUUAUUUCCGGCUGGAAGAGAAAAGUCUCGAGGCUGGAAAUGUUUUUGCAAGCUUAGCUCUAUUCUCACAGCUCACAGUGCCCCUUCUCAUUUUUCCUGUGAUGAUACCUAUCAUUAUUAACGCUAUGAUUUCAACAAACAGAAUAGAGGAGUUUCUCCAACUUCCGGAGAUCGACAAUGUCUUGCCUAAUCUUAACGAUGCAAAGUCAGAAGUAGCCGAAAAUACAUCAUCGCUGGCCAAUUCUAUCGAAGAGAGCACUAUAGAAACAAUGAAAACGCACAACACUCCCAAUUUUGGAUCGUUGGAUAACAUCAAAGAAGACGAAGAAGAUGGACAAUCUUCUGACUUGGCGGAUUACACGAUGGACAUAAAUUCAUCGGUGGACACCGUGUUUGAGAAGGAUCCGGAGAUUCCGGUGCUUACAAUGAAGCGCUGCGGAUUUUCUUGGGGCACCGAUGAAAGUCUGUUAUCCGUAUCUGAUCUUAGUUUUCCACGUGGUCAGCUGACUAUAAUUGUUGGAAAGACAGGAAGUGGAAAGACUUCUUUACUAUUAGGAAUGUUAGGAGAGAUCCAGAAGACAACAGGAUCGAUUCAGUGGGCUAGAGGGGUGAAGGUUGCAUAUGUGGCUCAGAAACCCUGGCUCCAGAACGCUAGUUUGAGGGACAAUGUUCUUUUUGGAUCACCGUACAAAUUGAGAAGGUACAGGAAUGUAUUGAAGGCUUGCGCUCUGCAACCGGAUGUCGAUAUACUUCCGGGUCGCGAUUUCACGCGGAUAGGUGAGAAAGGGAUCAAUUUGAGCGGAGGCCAAAAACAGAGAGUAACUAUAGCCAGAGCGCUGUACAACGACGCGGACGUUAUAAUAAUGGAUGACCCGUUGUCCGCGCUGGAUCAUCAAGUUGCACAGCAGAUCUUCGAUCAAGGAAUCCGGAAGCUGCUGCUGAGGAGCGGACGCACGGUGAUUAUGGUUACUCACCGACUAGAAUUGUUAUCAACUGCUCAUCAAGUUGUCGUGAUGGACGGAUGUCGUAUUCGAGUAGUGGGCACGAAAUCAGCGAUCGAAGAUGCUGAUCCAGAAUUAGCGAUCGAGUGGAGGAAAACAGCAACGAAUAAAAACGAAGGAUAUCGUGCUGAUAGAACUGCGAAAGACAAGUGGGCCUUGAUGAAAUUAGUAUCCAGAAUCGGUGUGAGUGCGACGAACAAACAACUUGGCGAUGGAUCCUGGACCACUGAUCAAGAUGCCCAUGUGAAUCCUCCAGCUUUCGUCCCGUUAAGAAUGAGAAGAACUACCCUUGGCGGAUCGAGAUACUUAGCCCACGAUCUGACAGAUCUUCCAGUGCCCUCUGAAGAAUGGAACAUCGGGAAAAAAAGAUUUAAAUUCCAUCGAAACGCUGUCAGAUCGAGCAGUCUCCAACCUCAAAGACAACCACCCCCUGUUCUACGACAGAGCAGCACUCCAACCAUUCUCGAAAGUCAAUACGCUGUUCCUAGAAAAAGGAAUAACACUUUUGACAACGGACAACGAAACGGCGUUUUCAGGCAAAUAUUUUCUGGCGCAAUUAUCAGUCCACGUCCCGAUGAAUUGACAUUAAAUAGAGACAGAGGCGUGCUACGAAAAUUAAUACCUUCUAACUCUAACAGACAAAUACAAUACACUGUUAAAAAAAUUAAUCAAGAACAGGAGAAUGAUCAUUUUCCCGUUAAACGAUUGCUAUCGAUAGAGUCCACAGGAACUAAUGAACCCGAUGAACUUGAAGGAAACGACUGUGAUACAGAGGAACAAGAAGAAGAAUUUCAAUAUGAAGAUAGAAGUGGAACAGUCACAAGGAUGAUCCUUUGCGAUUACACAAAAGCUGGAGGCUGGAUACCAGGCCUAAUUUACAUAGGAGUAGCAAUUUUUUGCCAAGUUCUGAGAGUUUAUAUCGAUCUCUGGUUGAGUCAGUGGACAGACGAGGACAAUAUAAACUUCAAUCAAGAAAACCGAAAUACGGUGUUCUAUUUUAAAGUUUACAUUAUUCUUUCCCUUGUCUUUAUACUCUUGUCUUUCGUAUGCAAUGCAACUGGUCAGUGGACAGGAGCCAGAGCGAGAAGAAAAUUACACGAGGAAGCCGUGUCCAGACUUCUUAGAGUACCGAUGUCGUUCUUCGAUUGUAAUCCUGUGGGAAAAAUUUUGAACAGAUUCAGCGCCGAUACAGGCGUCAUCGAUAAGAAAAUAUCUAUGUCGAUCCAAAGACUGACAUUCUUCGUCUUGCUCUGUGGUUCAGCGAUAUUAGUAAACGUCAUCGUAUCACCGUGGUUCUUCAUCGCUGCUAUACCCACGUGUGCAGCUUAUUAUAUCGUUCAAAAGUUUUAUAGAUGCAGUGCGAAACAUUUGCAACGAUUAGACGGCAGUACCCGAUGGCCAAUCACAACGCAUUUUUCUGAGACACUUCGCGGUCUAGCAACAUUACGUGCUUCCAAACAAGAGAAUCGCUUCAUGGAACAGGCUAUGAAGUGCCUAGACGUUAACACGAACGCGUUUCUCCUCCUGAAUUCCAGCAGCCGGUGGCUCGGCAUUGCUCUAGAUUAUCUGGGUGCUGUUAUAGUAGGAUCUGCGACACUCGCCGUCUUAAUUUCCGCAGAAUUGUAUCCAGAUCGCGUUACACCUGCUCUAGUUGGUCUGGCGAUUAAUUACACCCUCUUAGUGCCAAUUUACUUAAAUUGGGUAGUGAAAUUCACAGCGGAGACCGAAAUGUAUCUUGGUAGCGUUGCACGUAUCUCUACUUACAGAUAUGCUCCUAUUGAAAACUACCAACAAAAUGACUUCCACGUAUCUGAUAGUUGGCCAGGUAAAGGUGAGAUUAUUUUUGAAAAUGUUUCUCUGAGAUACGUUUCACAAAGAGAACCAGUGAUCUCGAAUCUAUCCUUGAAGAUUACGCCAGGCCAAAAGAUUGGAAUUUGCGGAAGAACGGGAAGUGGUAAGUCGUCCACAGUAAUGGCGCUGUUUCGACUAUUGGAGAUUACUCAGGGACGUAUAUCGAUCGAUGGCACAGACGUUCGUCAAGUUCCUCUGGAAAUUCUUCGUUCGAGACUCUCAGCGAUUCCUCAGGAUGUGAUCAUGUUCAGUGGUACCAUUAGAGAGAAUUUGGAUCCUCUAUCGGAACACGAAGAUCUGGAACUGUGGAAUGCUUUGGAAGUAGCACAAAUUAAGGAUAUUAUUGCCUCUCAUCCUGAAGGUCUUAAUUUCGAAGUGAAAGAAGGAGGUGAGAACUUUUCUUCCGGUCAGCUGCAGCUGCUCUGUAUGGCACGAGCAAUCCUGCGGAAGUCUUCGAUCGUCGUCCUCGACGAAGCAACCAGCGCUCUCGACGCCGUUACUGAAAAGAAUCUCUUGAAAGCAGUUUCAACUGCUUUCAGGAACAGAACAGUGAUUGCUAUCGCGCACCGUGUGUCAGCGUUAUUGGAUUGCGAUCGAGUAAUCGUGUUCCACGAUGGUAAAAUCGUCGAAGAUGGACUACCAGCAGACUUAAUGCAACGGCAAGGUGGAUUCUUCGCGAAUAUGUUGAAGUCCAAUGAAGAGAAUGAAACGACUAAUUGUUGAAAAAGCACACGUGCAUAAAAGAACGAUGAUAAAGGUCGAUAACAUUGAAAGACUGGGACAGAAGAACGUAUCUAACCAUGUUUCGUCACAAAGUAUUUAUUUUUGAUACGAAUGAUAAAUGUAGAGUAUCGUAGUGAUAUAGGAAUUUCUGAAAUAUUUUUGUAAAUACGAAGAUGCAUUCGAAUGAUCGUUGAUCGAUCUGAAAUACAUUUCACUGUUAUUCGCAUUGCAUAGAUAACGAAGCUGCGUUGCAUAUAAAAAUCACUCACAAAUAAAAUACAUAAUAACAUAUUUUAAAAACCUUUUCGUUUUGAAUCCGUAUAUUAUUAACGAAGAAAAUGAAAAAAUAAUUCUACCAUACAAUUGUGUAUAUUUUUAUACCUUCGCUCUAAAAAUAUCUCAUCCCCGAAAUUUCUCAAUCACCAGAAAAAUCGUUCGCGUACAUGUUUCUAACGUCGAUCGGAAAGCAAGAGAAAAGAAUCGAUCAAAGGAAAGAAUCUUAGGCCAAUUAAUUCGUUCGAUCCAUCGUGCAUAUAUUAAUGGAAUGCACCUAUCUCCUAAUCAGAUCGAACGUGUCGAUGCAAAUGUACUUUCUCGGGCUAUUUCGGUGGUAUCGGUUUUUCCGCUCGAAUCAUGCCAUAUUCACGUAUACUCGAAUACAUAAUCACUGGCGGCAUAUAUUACGUGCGGAUAAGGUGGCCAACGAUAAUAAUUGCCAAUACCCCCACUGUUUGACAGCGAUGGGAAAUGAGCGCGUAUUUUUCAACUAGUGGCAUUGAGAGCGGCCUGUCGAUAAGACCGCGAGUCUGUUAACGAAAGUUGGUCGAAUUCGUUCCACUUCUCCUUUACUGUCGACUCGAAACUAACCCCUUCUCUGUCCUAUUUCGAUCAUAAUGUCGACGAAACUUGACGCGUUUAGAUAUUCUAUCGAAAAUUUUCAUAUUUUUCAAAUUCAGUGACAAACACUUGAUCUUGCUCAUUUUUGAAGCUUAAAAAAGAGAAUCGCGCGAGGUAGAAAUUAACGCGUGAGAAAAAUGAAAGCGCGCGUUCGCCUCUGAGUUUCGUGUCUAAGCAGAGGCUUUCUAAUUAUCGUGAAUAAUCGAUCCGCGCGAGAUCGUAGUUGGUAACGGACAAUGAAUCUCGAAAGUGGCCAGUGCAGCCGGUGUUCCGCAGUUUUGUAAACCUUCGCAGGAGAAUAAGUCGUAAGGGAGCAGACGUAUUU